UAAUGGAUGCACCACCACCAUACGCUGAGAUAAUGGGACCAACCCCUCCCCAGGGUGAUUAUCCUCCUCAAGAACAAACUGCUUACCCUCCCCAGGGACCACCCCCUCCCCAGGGUGAUUAUCCUCCUCAAGAACAAUCUGCUUACCCUCCUCCUCAACAGGCGUUCCCUCCAGCUCCAGGUCAGCCCGGUUAUCCUCUUCAACAAUAUCCUCAGGCUCAAGUUCAACCACAUGCUGCAGUUGUGGCGUUCCCUCCAGCUACAGGUCAGCCCGGUUAUCCUCUUCAACAAUAUCCUCAGGCUCAAGCUCAACCACAAGUUGCUGUGGGACAAAAAAGAGGGACAAAAAGAGGGACAAAAAGAGGGACAAAAAAGGGACAAAAAAGAAACCAACCACCACAAACAAACCUAGUUUUAGCCUGGAUAUCGUUUUGGCUUAUAUUACCCUGUUGGUGCAUUGGAAUUGUUGCUGUGGUGAAAGCUACAAAGGCAGAAGAGUGUAAUGAACGAGGAGAUUUCGAAGGAGGAAAAAUAGCUGGAGAGGCGGCUAAGAAAUGGGCUAUAGGAACGAUCAUCACAGAAGUAGUCGUGGGAAUCGUCAUCUUUUUUCUAGUAUUGGUACUAAGGGUAGUGAUUGGGACUAAUGGUAGUAAUUAGUAGUAGUAAGUAGUAGUAAACCCGCGAUGGGGUGGUAUGUGCCUCAAUAGGAUAUUACAAACAUUUAUAAUAUCAAUUUAUCAUUAAAUAAUUCAACAAUAUCAAUAACUUAUGGUUGAUCCUUAACACUUAGUAAAUAUAAAAAUAAAAUUAAUCUACACUAAAGAAUAAAUAAUCUAUAUUAUAAUUAUAUAAAUCAACUAUAUCAUGUAUAUUAUCUCCCCACUAAACUCUUGUCAUGUUUAUUUAAUAAAAAAUCAUAAUAAAAAUAUUCUCAUACUAUCAAAGUGGUAGAAAUCCAAGUAUUUUUAUUACGCGGUGCGCAAGGAAUUUCGUUUAAAAAAUGUGUAGGUAAGAUAAGCCUAAGUGUGGCAGUGAAAGUUGAAAAAUAAACUACAGAUACUUGAAAAAUAUACUACAGAUACUUGAAAAAUAUACUACAGAUACUUGAUGGUGCUACUCCUAUAUAAACCUUGUGCAUCAAAGUUAGUAGAAAGCUUUUAGCAAUGAGGUCCUAUUUUUUAAAGAUAGAUUUUGUGUGAGAUGGCAGUUUACGUUUUUCUUUGUCGUGAAAAUAGUUAUGAUAUUCUGAAUUAGUAGCGCGAAUAGCUUUCUUUUGAGCAGAGAAUAAAGACUGAAUGGAAUUUAAAGAUUUAAUACCCCAAACAGUAGCGCAAUAAUACAGGUGAGAUUGAAUCAAGCUAUUGUAAUUAUAUGUAUAGCAUUUUUUGAGCUUUAUUCGGAAUGGAACUUUUAAG